AUGUCAGGAAAUUCGGAUUCUGAUUCCAAAAUUCUGGAAAACUCUGAAAAUGUCAAAAGCCUUCCACUCUACUUGCCACCACAAGAAACUUUUGCCGAAAAACCUGAAUCCAAAGAUUCCGGAGAUUGUGAUUCUGGAAGUUCAGAAUCUUCUGUUUCUGAAUUUUCCGUUCUCGACCAAUCCGACGUCUUCAUUGAAUCCAUCGAUUCUGAGUAUUCGGAGGAACCAGAAGAGGAAGAAGAGCCAAAAUUCCAACGUCAGCAAACUGCGUCAAUCGACGCGGAAAAUAUAGGUCUUGUAAUAGGAAACAAAGAGCAAGCACAAAAAUGGUACAUUGAAUCCCAGGAGCACCAUAAAACAAUCUCAUGGCAACGAAUCGUCCUUGAUCAAAUGACAAACAGAAGUGACACAGGAUAUCUACGAUAUCUAGAAGCAAAGAGAGCUGAAAAACAGGAAAAUCAGCAAACUGCGUCAAUCGACGCGGAAAAGAUAGGUCUUGUAAUAGGAAACAAAGAGCAAGCACAAAAAUGGUACAUUGAAUCCCAGGAGCACCAUAAAACGGUUAUGGUGGAAGAAUUGUUGAGAAUGUCAAUUACGGCAAAUGUUCAAAAAGUAAAGGAGGCGGAGUUUCAGAAGCUUCGAGAAGAUUUGGAAAAGGCCCGGUCGGAUCUGUUUGAGAUGGAUUUGGACCGGAAGGAGAAGACCAUGGAGCUGGAAGCGGCCAAGAAGACAAUUGAAGGCGUCAAAUCGGACAUGAAGAAGGUUUUGGAGAAACUUUGA